UUAGUUAAGAUUCGAAACUAUCUCGAUCUUUAUUAUAAGGUCUUAUAUCUAAUCGUUAAUAUUAUCGAUCGCUCCCUAUCCUUAAUGAAAGUAUUUAUUAAUCGGUUAGCGCUUCUUAUAGCUACAUCACUAAUUAUAUCGCUUAAGUAUAAAUAA